AUGAACGUCUUUUAAACAUCUGACAUAAAAGGGGCUGUACCUCUGCUGGCCAGCACUGUAAGCAACCGACGUCACCAAAAACAGCUACCUAGCUGUUAGUUGUUUUGGGAGAAGAAGAAAAGGGUUACAAGCGGAAGAAACACCGGAUUUGGUUUCGGAUAGUAUUCGGUCUAUGGUCCUGCCUUAGUUUUUAAAAUACAUUUUGAACAAUGUCGACCCCGGCAAGGAGACGGCUUAUGAGAGAUUUUAAAAGACUUCAAGAAGAUCCUCCCACUGGUGUGAGUGGAGCACCAUCAGAGAACAACAUCAUGCUUUGGAACGCAGUUAUUUUUGGGCCUGUGGGAACACCGUUUGAAGACGGGACGUUUAAGCUGCUGAUAGAGUUUUCAGAGGAGUACCCAAACAAGCCUCCCACAGUUCGGUUUGUCUCCAGAAUGUUUCACCCAAAUGUUUACGCAGAUGGCAGUAUAUGUUUAGACAUCCUUCAGAACCGCUGGAGCCCCACAUACGAUGUGUCGUCCAUACUCACCUCCAUCCAGUCGUUGCUGGAUGAGCCAAACCCCAAUAGCCCGGCCAACAGUCAGGCCGCACAGCUCUAUCAGGAAAACAAGAGGGAGUACGAGAAGAGGGUGACGGCCAUCGUGGAGCAGAGCUGGGUCGACGUCUGAGCUGCUCUCGCUCGUUACUCCCUCGUCUCCACCACCCUCUCUCUCCAUCAUCCUUUAGUCUUUCAUUUUUACCUCAUCAAGAAAAAACAGCAACCAUAUCGGAAGUACUCAAGUGCCACCCUGAAAAAAGGAAUUAAAGAAAAUACAUCAAGAGAACAACCAAAUCAGAAUGGACAUUAACCUGCUUGCCAAUACAUUUGAGGAUAAAGAGGCAGGGGAAAAUCAAUCUUAUAUUUCUGUUUUUGUCCUUAAUUUUACUUUUUUAUUGCAUGAUGUGAAAUAAGUUAUUGCUAACAUAAUUUGUAAUAUAUAUUCGUUGUUUGGUUGGAUUGAUGCUGUUAGUGUUUAAGUUUUACAGAUUUUUUUUUUUUCUUAGGAAAUUUUCCCUUUUUUUGUAAUGUCUGCUGGUGUGCACACAACUUGACUGUUUGGGAAGGGCAGGUUGAUGACCAAAUCAGCAUAUUUUGAAGAAUAGCAACCCAGAAUAUGCCUUUCAGAGUCAGUAUCAUUGUUAUUCUCCAAAGUCAGCCACAGAUGCAGCUUAUAAAGAACUAUCUCUGA